AUGAUUGCCUUCGUAACAACGCCCCUGUCGAGUGAGGAGCAGCGUUCCGAGGCCUUGAAGCUACUUGUCUCUGUGGUCGUCGUCUUCGUCGGCUUCGCUAUUGGCAAUGGCUUUGCGGACAUAGCCAUGAUCAAAGCGUCGUUGGCGGUGAAAGGAGCUCUGGUAGGAAUCAUCCAUGAGAAAGCACUGACUGUCGGCGACAAGCCUCAGGGCUCACCGGUGACUCUCCUGAGUAAUGAUAUCGCGGAUAUCAAAAACGCAGUCGAACAUUUUCACCGGGUUGUGCUGUCCGCUUUCCAGUUGGCCGUGGGCAUGUGUCUCUUGGCUGCAAAAUUGGAGUGGGUUUGUCUGGUCCCAAUAGCGAUUGUUAUUGCGACUUCUCAAGGCAGCAAGCAUGUUGCGGCCAAUCUUGGCCCGAAACAGCAAGAGUGGAGUGGCGCGACAGAGAAACGGAUUUCCCUGAUCACAGCAAGCCUCGAACACAUGAAAACGAUCAAGAUGAUGGGAAUGUCGGAGCACAUGGCUUCGAAGAUCAAGUCUGCGCGUGAGGAUGAGCUCAAAUGCAACACCUCUUUUAACUUUACAAUUGUCGUGAUCACUUUCGUCUCCGGCAUCGUUAAGAACUUUUCGCCCGUUAUAACCCUUGCGAUAUAUGCAGUCCAAGCCAGACUCCGUGGUCAAGACGGACUCGAUACUAACACAGCAUUCACCGCGGUCGCUAUCAUCACUUUGGUCACUCAGCCAAUGAUUACCAUGAUGGUCGCGCUCCCUACGUUGCUCUCAGCGAUGACCGGCUUUGAUAGGAUCCAAAAGUAUCUGCUUAGCCCAUCGUUUGAAGACAAACGGGUCCUAACCGACAGCCAAGGCCCUUGGUCCGUGAAGCUGAAUGGGGACCCUGAUGACCUGCCUGGUCAAGACGCACCUUUUGCGAUAGAGAUACAGGGUGCAACCAUCCGGCCCGCACCUGAUGCCGGGCCGGUUCUCAAGAGUAUUGAUAUAUCCAUUCCCGAGGGCUCGCUUGCAUUCUGUGCGGGGGCUGUGGGCACGGGCAAGACCACCCUCGCCAGGGCUAUUUUGGGCGAAAUUUCUCCAGACUGUGGAGUUGUCCGAACCUCUUCCCACACUAUUGGCUACUGUGCACAGUCGGCAUGGCUCACGAACGGCACAGUCCAACAACUCAUUUGCGGCCCCUCUAGAUCAAAAGACAUUGAUGAGCAGUGGUAUCAGAAGGUCGUUUAUGCCUGUGAUUUGACUGAUGAUAUUCAGCGAAUGUCAAAAGGUGAUCAGACCGUGAUAGGCAGCGGCGGUGUCGUUCUUUCUGGGGGCCAGCGCCAACGAGUUGCUUUGGCUCGUGCCGUGUAUUCUAAGCUGAAAAUCUUGGUUCUGGACGAUGUCUUGAGUGCCCUUGACGCGCAGACGGAGGCACACAUCGUUGAACGACUACUAGGAACGAAUGGGCUUCUUCGCAAUACCGGAGUGACGGUCUUUUUGAUCACCCAUACGACCCAGCAUUUUCCAUUGGCCGAUUAUAUUGUGGUUUUGAAUGACGGACACGUCUCUGAGCAAGGGACAUGGGACCAACUCCGGACCCAAAGCGGAUAUAUCAGCAAAGUUAUUCUCCAUGAAGGUGACAAAAGACUCCACGAGGGUGGUGACGCGGAGGGGGCUGAGGUUAAGACUUCUGCCCCGGCCGAGCCAGAAAGGUCAAUGGAUCGGGUUCGGCAGAAAGGAGACCGUUCACUCUAUUCAUACUAUUUCAGUACCAUGGGAUACUUUAAUGUCUCGCUGAUGGUGUCUGGGAUGGCCCUCAUGUCUGUAUUCAGCAUGGUGACUCAAUACUGGCUCAAAUGGUGGACAGAUGCGGGCGGAAGCGGAGAGCAGUGGUCUUAUAUCGCAGUCUAUAUCCUACUUGCUGCAGCAACCUUAAUAACCAACAUCGGUUGGGUCUUCCUUUUGCUGGUGAUUCUCGCUCCCAAAGCCAGCAAAGAGCUCCAUCAGCGGCUACUGCGGACAGUGGUGGACGCACCACUCUCAUUUUUCACGGCAGCGGAUAUCGGCACAACCCUGACACGGUUCAGUCAAGAUCUCAAGCAGAUCGAUCGAAUGCUUCCUGGGUCUGUUGCGGGAACGGGCCUCAAUCUGUUCCGGCUUAUCGGGCAGCUGCUGCUUCUGUUCGCAGCACAGAGGUAUAUCGGCCUGACUUUCCCCUUCUUGAUGCUUGCCCUGUACGGCGUCCAGUUAUUCUAUCUCCACACGACUCGACAGCUCCGCUGGCUGGAAAUGGAGUCCGCGUCCCUUGUCAGCAACAGCUUCCUGGACACUGUACAGGGACUAACCACGAUCCGCGCAUUUGGCUGGGAGGAUGCCUUUGCGGCGGACAACAGUAGGUGUCUCGACACUUCCCAAAAGCCGGACUACAACAUCAUGUAUCUGCAAACGUGGCUGCACUUUGCCAUGGACCUCACCAUCGCCGGGCUGGCGCUUUCUUUUGUUGUCGUUACGGUUCUUUUCAGGGAUUCCCUCAGCGGUGGUGAGAUGGGGAUUGCCAUGAACGUGCUCCUCAGUGCAAGCAUCACCUUGCUGGUUGUAUUGGAAACAUGGACACACCUGGAAUCGGCGCUGGGGGUUAUUUCCCGCAUCAAGAGCUUUGAAAAAGAGGUGGACCCGGAAAGCAAGCCCGGGGAGGACCACCAGCCACCCGCGACAUGGCCUGAAGAGGGCACCGUUCGGUUUGAAGAGACAAUAGCAGGCUAUAAUGUGGAAUCGACCGCUCUCAACCGCAUAUCCCUGCAGAUUUCGGCCGGUGAAAAGAUCGGCAUUUGCGGUCGAACAGGAAGUGGCAAAUCUUCUCUCCUUCUGAGCCUCCUCCGUCUCAUCGAGCUAUCAUCCGGAACCAUCGCCAUCGACGAUCUGGACCUCCAAACGCUCCCCCGCGAGACAAUCCGAUCGCGCAUCAUCACCAUCCCCCAAGACCCGCUUCUCAUGAAAUCCGACACCCUCCGCGAGAACCUCGACCCGACCGGCACCAUCCCGGACGAGGAGAUCAUCGCCACCCUGGAAAAAGUCAGGCUAUGGCAUGUCUUCACGUCGCGAGACUCCACUGCACAAACCCAAAUCCCCGACCCCUCCUCCGUAGAAAUCGCCAUCCAGCCCGAAACCUGCCUUGAUGCCGCCCUGAAAGACUACCCGCUUUCAACCGGCGAGCAGCAGAUGUUCUCGCUGGCGCGCGCCAUGCUAAUGCGGUUCACGCGCGGCAAGCUCGUGAUCCUCGAUGAAGCGACGAGUAACAUCGACAAGGAGACGGAUGCGUUGAUCCAGCAGCUCCUCCGCGUGGAGUUCCAGGGGUAUACGGUUCUCACGGUGGCGCAUCGGCUGAAUACGAUACUGGACUCGGAUAAGGUUGUUGUGUUGGAUCAGGGGAGGGUGGUGGAGGUGGGUGCGCCGCGGGAGCUGGUGGAGAGGGAGAACGGGGCAUUUAGGGGUUUGCUUGGGAAGUAG